UUGGAUCCCUCCACCAGGCACCUAGGAUGUUGUGGCAGUAUGUCCAUCACUUUGGCCAGAAGUUGGUACGGCGGCGACCCCUGACGGCAAAUGAACAGUCUGAGUCGCCCUUGUCCAGAUGCCUGACCACUUUGGACCUGGUGUUCCUGGGUGUGGGCAGCACCUUGGGAGCAGGCGUGUACGUCCUGGCUGGGGAGGUAGCCAGAGAGAAAGCCGGACCAUCUAUCAUUAUCUGCUUCUUAGUGGCUGCUCUGUCUUCUGUGCUGUCUGGGCUCUGUUAUGCGGAGUUUGGGGCCAGGGUGCCGUGUUCGGGUUCGGCAUACCUCUACAGCUAUGUCACAGUGGGCCAGCUGCUGGCUUUCAUCACUGGCUGGAACCUCAUCCUCUCCUACAUCAUUGGUGCAGCCAGCGUGGCCCGGGCCUGGAGCGCAGCUUUUGACAGCCUCAUAGGGAACCGCAUCUCCCAAGCCCUGCAGCAUGCCAUCCCCAUGCAAGUGCCCAGCUUCCUGGCCGAGUAUCCAGACUUUUUUGCAUUUGGCCUGGUUUUGCUCCUCACUGGAAUCCUGGCCCUGGGAGCGCGGGAGUCAGCCCUGGCCACCAGAGUGUUCACAGGAGUGAAUCUCCUGGUGCUGUGCUUUGUCUCCCUCUCCGGCUUCGUGAAGGGCAGUCUACACAACUGGCAGCUCACGGAGGAGGACUACAAGCUGGCCGCGCUGGGGUCCAAUGGCACUGACAGCUUGGGUCCUCUGGGCUCUGGAGGGUUCGUGCCUUUUGGUCUGAACGGGAUUCUCCGUGGUGCAGCGACAUGCUUCUUCGCCUUCAUUGGUUUCGACUGUAUUGCGACCACAGGCGAAGAGGUCCGCUCCCCCCAGCGCGCCAUCCCACUGGGCAUCGUGACCUCACUCUUUGUUUGCUUUCUGAUGUACUUUGGUGUUUCCGCGGCACUCACCCUCAUGAUGCCCUACUACCAAAUUCACACCGACAGUCCCUUGCCCCAGGCGUUUAUCCACGUUGGAUGGGGUCCUGCUCAGUAUGCAGUGGCUGUGGGAACAUUAUGUGCCCUUUCAUCCAGCCUCAUAGGUGCCAUUUUUCCUGUGCCUCGGGUGGUCUAUUCCAUGGCAGAAGAUGGGCUCCUGUUCCGGAGACUCGCCCGUGUUCAUCCUCGAACACACACCCCUGUCCUAGCCACUGUCCUUUGUGGAAUUAUCGCAGCACUUAUGGCUUUCCUUGUUGAGCUCAGUGACCUGGUGGACCUCACAUCCAUAGGAACCCUGCUCUCCUAUUCCUUGGUGGCCUUCUCUGUUCUGGUCCUCAGGUACCAGCCAGACCAGAACUUAAACUCUUGUAAGAAGGAGAAAUCUGAGAGUGGAGCUGUUGAGAUGGAGCUGGCUCUUGAAUUUUCUUCAUCCAUGGAGCCUGUUUCUGCAGCAAGGACUCCAGGAAUUGCAAGGAGCCUCUGUAUCCCCACAGACACCAUCCCAACUCUGAGAUCUGGCCAGAUUGUCUACAGAUGUGCCUCCCUGCUUGUCCUUCUUCUGAAGUUCCUGUGCCUGGUCCUGGCCCAGUGGCCUGGACAGCUGUUCUCUGGAGACCCAGCUUUGAUAGCUGUGGCUGUUUCACUGUUGCUUCUCAUUGUCGGAGUGGUCAUUGUCAUCUGGAGACAGCCUCAGAGCACCGCUCCUCUCCACUUCAAGGUUCCAGCACUGCCUGUGCUCCCUGUGCUGAGUGUCUUUGUGAAUGUCUACCUGAUGAUGCAAAUGACUGUCGGGACCUGGAUUCGCUUUGGAAUCUGGAUGGUGAUUGGAUUUGCUAUCUACUUUGGAUAUGGGAUCUGGCACAGCUUGGAAGAGAAGGAUGACCAACAGCCAACAGCAACAGCCUCAAACUCCCAGACUCUCCAGGAACAUACUCCCUGUGUUGAAUUAGCUUAA